AUGGGAGUACAAGGCACUUUGGAAUACUUCUCAGACUUACUUAGCAGCACCAAAAAGAAGAAGAAGAAGAAGCAAACACAAACUGUAGCUCUGAAAAUCAGAAUGGACUGUGAAGGCUGUGCACGCAAGGUUAAGCAUGUUCUUUCUGGUGUUAAAGGAGCUAAAUCGGUGGAAGUGGACAUGAAGCAGCAGAAAGCUACGGUGACAGGAUAUGUUGAGGCAAAGAAAGUUCUUAAGGCUGCUCAGUCUACGAAGAAGAAGGUUGAGCUGUGGCCAUACGUUCCGUACACUAUGGUGGCUAACCCUUAUGUUUCUCAGGCCUACGAUAAGAAGGCACCUCCUAAUAUGGUGAGAAAGGUGGCUGACACUUCCAAAAUCUCAGAAACCACCAUGGACGACAGCUACAUGCAAAUGUUCAGUGAUGAAAACCCAAAUGCCUGCUCUAUCAUGUAA